AUGAACAAAGGAGAAGAAAAGUCCACAGGAAGAGGGAAUGUCUCCACACUCUCUGGAGGGACCAUAGCAGGCAUUGUGAUUGGAGUCCUAGCUGCAGUGGCUCUCAUCGGGGCCCUCAUCUAUUUCCUGUUCUUCAGAGACACUGGAAGGGUCAGCAAACACCAUCGUUCAGCAGGGAACCAUUCAGCACCCAAACAUGGUGAGGACAUCACUGUGUAUGAAAACACUGUUUGCCCAAAAGGAUCAGCUCUGCCUGCACAGGGCCUGGGCUCCUCCCCUGCUCCUCCUGAAGUCCUAUCUGAGAGUCCCUAUCAGGCACUGGACAUCACCAGAGUCGAUGUUUAUGAGGAGAUCACUCCCUGGAAGAACCCUCAAGCCUAAGGAAGGUGAGAAAGUUCCUGAGCAUAUUGGGACAACCUUCUGUUUCCCUUCAUUAGAGAGGGUUCAGAAGCAUCUCUCAAGGGAGAAAACUGAGACAUUUGGAUCAACAGGAAAAAAUAACUAGAUAAGGGAGAAAGAAGCCAGAUUUGGGGAGAAGGAAGACUUCCAGAGACCCAGGGGGCCCCAAACCAUUCCAAGAAGACUGAGAUGAAUGAAAGAAGCUAGAGCUGAGUGUACAUACAUGGAAUUUUGUUGUAUCAUCAGAAGUAUUAUAUCAACUAAUGCAGACUGAAGAGAGCAAAACCGGAGACCAGUUCACAGUUUGUCCACAAGAAUAAAAGAGGUGAAGACAUCCAGAAAGCUUCAGAAACUUAGGACAUUGAGAGGCCAAUUAUGACUUCAAAUGGGGACUGAUAAAAUGCACCUCCCAUCCCUUGGCCAGAGGGCUAAUGGGCAUAUCCCUUAGGAAAUGGACCUCAGCUUCCCAGGGAGAUCAGGGGAUACACAGACAUACAGGCUUAUCCUCACAGAUCAGAAGGACAAUGUAGGUAGUGAUUCAUCCUAAAUUUAUCCUUAAUGGCACUGCCACAUGUGACCCCAAAGCCCCUAUACCAAAAGCUCUGUCCUACCAGGACACCCCAUUGGAUCCUUCUAGAAAGAUGGAGCAGGGAGCUGUGUCCACUCCCAGACAUACGCAUGUUAAGAGUCCCACAGAUGAGCCUGGGCUAUGACAGACAAAGGGGAAGAUAGAGCACUGCAUUUGAAGCCAGAAGACCUAGAUUUAAAUCCCAUCUUUUCUGUCUAUUCCCUGUGUGAACCUAGGUAAGUCACUAGUGUCUUUGACCCUCUUUCUUCCAUUGGGAAGUAAGGUUGUAGGAUCAGCUCAUCAUUGUUGUGGUUGUUGCUCAGUUGUGUCCAAAUCUUUGUGACCCCAUGGACCAUAACACACCAGGGCUUUCUGCCCCCCACUAUCUCCCAAAGUCUUCCAUGCCACCAUCUAUCCAUGUCACCCUCUGCCAUGUCCUUUCCUUUUAACGUCAAUCUUUGCCAACAUCGUGGUCUUUCCCAAUGAGUCCUGUCUUCAUAUAAUGGGGCCAAAGUAGUUAAGCUUCAGCUUUGGUAUUUGACCUUCAAGAGAAUAGCCCGAAUUGAUUUCUUUAAGUAUUGACCGAUUUGAACUCCUUGGUAUCAAAGGAAACCCAAAAGUCCUCUCCAGCACCGAAACUCAAAAGCAUUGAUUCUGCAGUGCUCAGCUUUCCUUAGAAUCCAACUCUCACAGCCAUACAUUGAAAUUCAAAAAAACUUCAUGCACAUUAUCAGCAACAUUGUGUGAUGAUCAACUA